UACCUGAAUGCAGCAGAUCCACGCUGCACUUCCCUGUUCUAGUUCCCUUGGUUCCUGCUCCUCCCAGCUCAAAGAUGGCAGCCAUGGGACAGAGAUGAGAGACGACACGAAUUUAGGAGUUUUGUCAUGAAACCAGAUCGGGGUGCACAGCUGUUACAUGCAUGGCUAUAAAAUGACAGCGAUAUAAUUUCUCACCGCCAAUGUGUCGUUUCACGAAGUCAUUUCGAUGAUUCAGAAAUAUCAUGUUUUCCUGUGGGCUAAGCUAGCAAGCAACGGUUAGCAGAUAAAUGAACUUGCCUCUUCUACCAUACAAGAAGAAAGCAGCUGCUCUGCUUACGCUGUGUUGACGUUUUGCAAGCUCAAUUUCAUCAUGGCCAUCACUCAGUUCCGUCUUUUCAAGAUCUGCACAUGCCUAGCCACCUUACUUUCUUUCUUUAAAAGGUUGAUAUGCAGGAGUGGAAGGGGUCGCAAGCUCAGUGGCGAUCAAAUAACUCUCCCGACAACAGUAGAUUUUUCAUCCUCGGUACCAAAACAGCCAGAGAUUGAAGAAUGGAGCUCUUGGGAUGAAGAGGCUCCUACAAGCAUUAAGAUUGAAGGUGGCAACGGAAACGUCUCCCCUACAGGCAACGAGAUGGAUGAAGAGCCCGACUACUUCAAAGACAUGACUCCCACCAUCAGGAAAACACAGAAGAUAGUGCUGAAGAAAAGGGAGCCUUUGAACUUCCUGGUGACUGAUGGCUCAGCAGGUUUCUCCAGCAGGCUGGCAGCCUCUCAGGAUAUGAUGACCUUCAGUCCACCUUCAGCUGAACUGGGAGAAAUGGAUACCUGGCAGGGGGACACAAAUGCCUGGGAGGACGAGUCUGAAGCUGCCUGGGAGGCAGAGGGGAUGCUCAGACAACAGAAGAUGGCCGAGAGAGAAAAGCGGUCCAUGGAGCAGCAAAGGAAGAAGAUGGAAAAAGAGGUUCAGAGGAUGAUGAAGAAGGAGCAGAAGAUUGCCGUCAAGCUCUCGUAACAUUUUUAGAAAUGCUCAGUUUGGAGCCAAAGGGAUGGGCUGGGAGCAAGGACACUGAAGCCAUCGUCACGCUGUCUUUGAAGUCAUCAUACCAAACAGGAUUUCCACCCUUCUCUACUUAUCUGUUAGCAAUCUGUCCUACUCCACCCUGUUUCCACCAGCAGCCAUUUUAGUCCAUUUUCCAGCUGCAUCAGUGUGAAAUGCAUCAUUCUCGAGGUCAGAAAACACAACUGGUUACCUCCGUAUUUAUAUGGGGAGGUCACAUCGGUCUUCAAGGGCGAGCUGUAUUUAUCCAAUCCAGUUCAUCUGAGGUUAAAGGUUAGAUGCAGCAUUAGAGGGUACCAUUUAGAUUAUAAUUACAUUUGUCGGGUAGCAUUGAAACAUUUAAUUUUGUUUUUUCUCCCAGGAACAUUUGUAAAUAAACAGGUACCUACCUUUUUGAAACCCAAAUAGGGAGGAGAAUUCCCUUUCUUUGUCUUAUUUAUAACCUCAAAGGACAAAGGAGUGUAAUUCAUUUUAAGCAUCACUGUAUACCAGUGACAUCCCUUGGUUUGCUUGUUUUUAUUUUAUUUUUUUGGUUUUUAUAUUUAUGUCUUUCAUUGUGUGAAAACUGCUUUUUUUUCUAAUGAAUGUUGCUUGAUAUUUCACAUUACCCCCCUGUGCUGUGCAGCCUUCUUACACUGGAAAUCUCUAUUAUAAUAAAAGCUGAAGAUUUUCAUUAUGAGUAAUGAUAAAUGACCAUAGACUAGAAUCUAGCCCAACUAUUAAUGUUAGCUGUGGGUUCCUAUGGUAAUCUCAUGGCUACUGAUCUGCCAUUCAUUCCCCUCCUCUGUCAGCUUUUGAUAUUGAAGGAAAAAAUCCAGUGAUCACUGCUUUGAUUUUUUUAAAUUAUUUUUAAUGGGGUGGGAAUGUUACUGUGCUCUUAAAUAGUUGAUACACUCACUGCACAGAUGCUGUCUUUCUAAAACCUUGAUCACCAUCACAGUGUAAUCUCCGACCGGUUACUUUGGUCAAUGAGAAGAGGAAAAUGGCUUUGACUGGGCAUCCAGUUUAGCAUCCAUAUAAUAAAUGUACCAGUCAGUGUUGGAAAAAAUCAGCAACAGUGCAAAUAGGCAAGCUGUUGUCAUGGAAACAUUGGAAGGUGAAAAAAAAGCAAUUUUUAUUAAUUUAAAUGUGCAGACAAGAUACAAAAUGUCUCUGGUCUAUGACGUCUGAUAAAUGAGGUGAGGGAGGAACAUUUCUAUACUGACCCAAAAGUAAAUGCUUUGCAAGCUAACUGAUGGGUGGCUGAAUGGCAAUGACUUAAUGACAUAUUCUGUUGAAACAUAAAUGAUUAAAUGACGAGUGCAUGAUCAGGUUUAAUUCAAAGCAGGUGUUUUUUUUAAGUGAAUUUAGCAAACUGUCCAACAGAUUAUUUUCAUGGAGAAAAGCUGCCUGUGGGCCUGUUUUGCCAUUCUGCACAUUUUAUUUUUUAAAUGAAUCAGAGAACCCCUCUGUUUCUCGCCCACUUUUUUUUCUCACUCAUGUGUAAGACUUCAUGUUAAAAUAAUUGUCAUGAUUGAGCACAAAUAAGGACCAUAAGCUCAAUCAAUCCAGAAGCAUUUGGCAGAUGUAUCCCUGCUGUAUCAGUCCUACACAGGUUUUUAAUAAAAAUGAU